CCUGCACACCCAUGGCGGCCGCAACACACCAGUACGGCGACCUCGCGACCCAGCUGCUCGUCGAGUCCCGCCGGUCCACGGCCACAGACACGCUCCUCAAGUACAACGACGUCCUCGUCCGCUCCAUCGUCCGCGAGCAGCGCCAGCUCGAGGCCCUCCUCCAGGCAGCCCUCGCCGCCCACCCCGACGAGGUCGCCCCCAACCCCCUCCUCCCCACCAUCCUCCUCUACCAGACCGCCAUCAACCGCAACAAGCGCUGCCUCCUCGCCUACCACGCCCACCGCAUCGACCGCCUCAAGGACCUCUACUGGUCCGUCGGCGGCGCCCUCCCCCUCUUGCUGUCCAUGCCCUCCGCCGCGCCCGCCCACGCGAACGCGGACGGCCAGGGAAACGCCGCUGCCGCCCCGGCGGACGUCCGCUCCAAGCUGUCCCCCCACGAAGUCGACUUCCUCCGCUCCUACAACACCUCCAUCCUCACCCUCCGCACGGAGGCGUUCUCGUCGGCAGCCUCGAUGAGCCAGGACGACGCCGGCGCGCUCACCGAGGACGUCGACCUCAUGGCCCCCGUCGUCAAACCGCCCAAGGACCUGCACGUCCUCGUCCGCGUCGUCCGCGACUGCGGGGUCGUCCAUACCGAGCAGGGCGCGAUUGAUUUCCGAAGGGGCCACCGCUUCUUGGUGCGGCGCGCUGACGUCGAACAUCUCAUUGUGCAAGGCUUUCUCGAGGAGGUGUAGAUAUUCGGCCCUUCAGACCACCCUGCGCAUCCCCGCGACGCGCCCUCACGCGGACAUCCUUCACGGAGCGUGCACACGGGCUCGAUGCGGCCAGGCUCGCCCUUCACGCAGUACUGCAAAGGUCUAAGCAACCCCGCGGUGGCCCGCUCGCUCGUCGUGCAUGCACCUCACACAUCUCUGGUGCAUCGACAGUCAACAUGGCCGCUCCGCAGCAUAUGUGUACAACAUGUCUCAGAGGAGCAUUUCGUCUGCAGGCCAUCGACAGACUUCGGUGAUAGCCACCACAAG